GGGAGGAGGGCAGAGGGCAGGAGAGGAGGAGGAGGAAGGCGGCCAGGAAGAUCUGCCUCCCGCCCCGAGUGGGCCAUGGAGGCCUCGGGGGACGACGGCUGCGGCGGCGACGAAGCGGCCGAGCUCCCCGAGGGGCCGCUAACCUCCACGCCCAAAGAGUCCCUGCCUUCCUCCGAGCCCCCUUCGGAGCCCCCCCGGCGGACUGAUUCAUCAACAUCCUUAAGUAGUAGUAGUGAGAGUUCGGGAGAAGAAUGGCUUAUAAAAGUUUGCUGUCCAGGAGCACGGCAUCGAUAUCGCAGAUAUGCUAAAAACAAAAAACGAAUGCCAUCACAUCAAAAGGCGGGAUUACCAGACAGUUUAGAUGUAGCAGAUGCUUUAACAAAAGCGAGAGAAUGGAUGCCUAUUACAUCUUACAAGGUGCACCCGGGAGUGUCAAAAAAAGAGAGUUUAGAUUUGCAGUGGCUUAUAAGACUUCGUUGUCCAAGGGCCCUAAUGGAAGAGAUGACGCCGGAGGCAAAAGAAUCUCUUCCAACAGCCUCUACAUCCUUAAGCAAAUCACCAAGCAAGACAAGAAGUUCUCCGCCUGAAAAGUAUAAAAUUUCAGAGAAUUGGCUGACUCAGAAACGUUUUUCCAUUGCGCAGGCUCUGGUUAAUGAAAGACAGGAUAUGGGUUCUACUCAAUCCCUAUUGGAUAGAGGAAACUGCUUUGUCAGGGAAGUAGACAGGUAUUUGAAGCACAGCGAUUACUUAGCCUUAAGGAGGAAGGAAAUGCUGUACAAGAAAUGGUUUGAGAAUGUUUCGAAACCACUACACCAGAAAAUUCAGGACAAAAUUGACAAGAAGUCAAGUGAAGAAAUAGAGGAAAGAAAACGAAAACAGCUCUCCCAUUACUUAAACCACUGUAAUAAGAAGGGUGUUGUAUCUUUAGAAAAUUAUAAUCCUUCCUCUUACGAUCCUUUCUUCCUUAAGACUCCAGAUAUUUCGAAGGUAUCAGUUCCGCCUUUAUGCGAUCCAUUGUUAAAGGAAAUACAAGACAGAUACCUUGAAGCCGGCAUUAUCCAGCAAUGUGAGACAGGAAGAAUAUUAUCUGCCAAAGAGAUGAACGAACUCCGUAAGGCUGAGCUGCCAUUGCUUCCCAUGAGCCGACAGCUUAUGAGUCCAAUCGAGUGGCUGAAAAUUCCCGCUAGAUAUAUGGAUAGUGAAAUUCGUCUGAGAAGCCAGCGAAAAAUGGUCCCAACAAGAAACCAAUGUUCUAUGGAUUUCAGAAGCUGGGGCGAUCCAUCCUGGGCUUCAGCAACCAAAAGAAGGAUAUCUGUCAGGAAACCAGACUGUGGCCGUGCACCCACUCCUAUGACAAAACAAAUACUGCUUGGUUCAUCGGGUCGGAAACCACCAAUAAAAUCCGCUUCCUAAU